AUGAAGUUCCUCCGCGUUACCAUCCUGGCCGUGGUCAUUGCUGCCUUGGCCGUAGCUGCCAGCCCCGAGGAGCAGCAGCCCGAGAAGAACGAGCUCCAGGAGUUCCUCAACGAGGCCGGCGAGAAGAUCCAUUUCUUCGAGACGGGCGGCGACGAGGACGGCGAGGACGACGAUGAGGACGACGACAAGGACGAGACCAAGCGCGCGCUGGUGAACCGCCGCAGCCGCAAGCACCACCACGGCCGCAACAAGCACAGCCACAAGUCGAGGAACGGCAAGAAGAAGGUCAGCGUGCCCACUUCCAGCGGCCCCGAUAAUGGAUCGCAGCUCCUCUGCCCCAAGACUAAGGUGACGUGGUACGCCAGCCAGGACCUCAAGAACCCCCAGUGCGGCGAUGGCUCGUGGAGCCCCACCAGCAGCUCUCACAUCGGUGCCGUCAUGGCUGGCUGGGCCGGUGGACCAUCGUGCGGCGAGUUCGUGCAGCUCUGCAAUGACCAAAAGAGCGGCAACCCCUGCGUGCGCGUCCGCAUCGUCGACAAGUGCGCUGGCUGCAGCCAGGACUGGGUCGACCUUACGCAGAGUGCCUUCAAGAAGCUCGCCAAGACGGGUACUCUCGAUGAGGGUGAGGUCCACAACCUCAAGAUGUACCGAACCAACAAGCCCACGAGCUGGGACAAGGCCCUCUUCGGCCCCAUCAAGCUCAAGGCUUAA